CGGUUAUGUAUUUGUUGUUUAGUUGGUACGACAAACACUAUUUGUAAAUCACUUUACCCAUUUGGGAAAUCAAUCAAAGAAUCAUCUUCUCUCUUUAUUGUCUCUUCCUCUAUUCUCUCUGAAUCUAUCUUCUCCCUCCUCCGUCGACUUAUCCACGGAUUCCAGACUCAAGCGGUGACCCUUCUAUCUCUUUUCUCAGCUUCUUGGACUGUUUCUACCCUUAUCUGAAUCCUUGGUGAAUUUCUGAUUUGGGAUUUAUCUAUAAUAUCGUUUCCCUGUCUUAGUCGAUCAUGGAUUCUGAGGAUGACAUGCUUGAUGCCCAUGAUAUGAAAUUUGCAGAGGAUUUCUUUUGCCGAUUCACUAGUGAUUCUUCCUUAUCAUCUCCUUUUCUCUAAUAUCCGUCGCAUUCUAUGGUUUUUUCUUACUUCAAUCUCUUGUAUUCCCUCGUCGCAGAGAAUCUCAUUGAAAUCGAAAAAUGGCUCAUGUUGUGCAAAGCCGAAACGUGAUUCGGCAUGUAGUCUCCAGAGGAACAGCUUUCAACAAAUCUGAAAAUGCGAUCCAUCAUCGUCUCCUUUUUGAUAAGUCAGGGAAAUGGGCUCGUAAACCUUUAUUGGGCGGCUUAUGCCUUUUAUGUUUUUUGCUUGUAAAAGCCUUUUAUUGUGGUACUUAAGUCGGAACUGUAGAACGAAAGAACGAUCUUUGGAUCAUAUUAUCAUUUUAGGGAUUUUCCCAACUUCUUCCUUUCUACUUUCUCUUCUCAUCUUACUCUUCCUCCGAUCUUCUUUCCUUUCUGUCACUUAUCUGUUAAGCUCAAAUCACGAGCUUAUCAAUAGUAUCAGAGCAGUCGAAUCCUCUCGACGGUGACUUUCUCCUCACCCCGAAACAACGUGACAUGGUGCAAAAACUUCAACAACAAAUUCAGGAGAUAGCUGAGCCAAUGACGUCAAGUUUUGAUCGUGUGCUAGGUGUGCUUAGCGAGAUACGAGCAGCACACACACAGAUCCACUCCGAUCUGCAUAAGGUGAAGUCUGACCUACUCGAACAAACGCAGCCGGAACCUCCGCCUAAUAAGUUGCCAAGGUUAUGUAUAUCAAAACCAGUGGGAAAUCCUCUCAAGAGUAUUGUCGAACCCCUGGGGGGCGAGUCUUCAUAUGAAGCAACUUCUGAAUCUGAGCUCUUCAAGGUUCAAACCGUGCCAAAUCAUCACAGAGGCAAUCGAUUCAAGUCUGAUCGAGAGUAUUACAAGGUCAGAAAGAAGAGAUCUCGAAAAAAAAUCACAAACCCUUCACUUCGACCAGAUUUCCAGAUUUCCGCAAAUAUUUCAAAGAAGAGUUUGAGCGUGAACCAUACAAGACUGAAGAAACGAACUAAAUCUGGGAGAAAAGCCAAAGAGCGUGAGUUACUGCAAUCUUGCAAGAGCUUUGGGAUGGGUCGCGUUGCAGGACACAGAAGUCGUGCGCAGAGCCAGCAUUUUUGGCGUGAUAAGGAGACUUCUAAUCAAGAAGAAGGAGCUCAGGAUAGAGGAAACAGAUCUAUGACGGAUACAGUAGGGACACAUAGACAACAUGAUCUGAAAUACUCUUUUAUUCUAGGGGAUCAGAGGUUGGUGAAUCACGGCAAGAAUGAGAGAGCUGUUAGUGCGCUAAAGACUAGCAUCUAUGAAAGUAAAAGGAGGGAAACGACUAGCGAUACUAACAGAGGAAACUCACAAGCCAAUGGUGGAAUGAGAGCUUCCCUAGCACAGAAACUCUGGGAUCAAGAGAGGCUCGAGGUAACGAGUUAUGUACAGGGCUUAGAUAAAGAACUGGAGUAUUGGGUGAGCUGUUUUGAGAACUACUGUGUGGAGAACAACAUCGCUGAGAGGGAAUGGUUACAGGUUGUUUAUCGAAGCUUACAAGGUCCAACGGGCGAAUGGAUCAAAUAAUUGUGGGAAUUAAGGACUCCUAACAACUGGGAAAAGUUUAAGAAAUUGAUAUUACAAGACUCCAGGAUACGCGUUGGGCAAACAAGGCAUCCUAGAACAGGGGUGGGAAAGUAUAACAGUAUGAAGACAACUUUCGAAUUGGAAAACCCCAGAUUCACGGAGAGACAAGACACUGACCAAGGUGAAGGAACACUGAUUAAAAGGUACUCAGGAAUUAUUCAAAGAGGUUCCGUUUUAGAGUAUAUAAGAAGUUUUGAAGUCAGUAGGAAAAACUCUGCUCUUCUACCCGAGAAGUACAUUGUUGAUGUUUUUGUGAGAGGUCUGAAACAACCCUGGCAAGAAGAGGUCAGACAGUUCCACCCCAGUAAUCUCAUAGAAGCAAUAAAAGUAGUCUGGUGGAUAGAAAAAAACGGUGGCUACAAGGGAAAUGAGGAAGCUCUAAAUGUUCAGCAACCGAGCUUCACGCCAGUGGAUAAUGAAAUAGAAGAGAAGGAGGAGGCGCCUAAUAGAUACUUGGGAAUUCAACAAAAGGGUUCGGUCCGCGAGUAUAGAAAAGGUUUUGAGGAGAUGUGUCUUCAAACUACUACGGUCGCGGGUACAUACGUGGAAGAAAUAUUCUUGCAAGGUCUGAAGCUUCCAUUGCAAGCAGCGGUUCGACGUCUAUGUCCUCAAGGGCUAUUACAAAUAAUGGAUGCAGCACAGUGGGUAGAAGAAGUCAAUGACGCCCAGCUUGCAGGCGAAAACAUACCACCGGUGUCAAUCAGUGACGGUGACAGAAGCUAUAGAAGAGCCGGUAAUGACCCCCAUCGCCAUUCUAUCACAAGAGGAAACGUUAGAGAUGACACAGAGAAACGAAGGCAUAUUAACCGGGAAUUUAUGUGUCUUAAGCUAUUCAGAAAAGCAAAGGAACCAGAUACAGAGAGAUUUUCAAGGCAUCAAGCCGUAAAUAACCCAAGCGCCACCAUUACUGAUCAACAUGAUUCUUUGAGACUUCAAGGUCUCGUGAGUAACCAAGACGUUACGAUUGAAGUGGAUUCAGGAGCUUCUUACAGUUUCUUGUCACGGGAAGUAGCUUAUAAACUCGGUCUUAUUCGCCAUGAAAUGGGACCAUCGAAGGUGAUUCUUGCGCAAGGGAAAGUGAUAAAUUGUCAUGGCGUUUGUCAAGUAGUAGUGAUCAAUGUCCAAGAAGCCUCAAUGGUCGAAGAGUGCUAUCUAAUGGAUUUGGUCGACGAUGACAUGGUAUUGGGUUAUAGUUGGUUAGCAAAACUUGGAAAAACGAGCAUAGACUGGGAAAAGAAAACUCUAACCUUCUAUGACAGAGCUAAAUGGGUCACCUUAGUUGGUAAGGAGAAAGGGAUGCAGCUCAAGCCCAAGCAGACUCAUGCCUUGUUGCAAAUAACUGAAUCUGACAAGAGCACUUAUAGUACACAUCAUAUGGUCUUAUGCAUUGGUUUGUGGAUCACAGAUGGGAUUAUGCAGAAACGGUAGGGCUCUGUACCUUGUGUGUUAGAGUUUCAUCGUCGGACCACCGCUUUUUCACCGUAAAAUUACUUAGAGACGAGAGCUGUGGUGUUCGCCGUACAGUCGAUUGGGAGAGAAGACAGCUUUCCAGAGAGAAAACGUUUUUCUCUAAAAAUUAAAUAAAUAGAGUGGUAAAUGGAUAGUGAUUAUCUAUUUGCUUUUGUCUUUAUAUAUUAGUAUAUUAAAGAAUAAUGUUUAUCCAUAAGUUUUAGAUAAUACUAAACCAUAUAUUUUGGAUAAUGCUUAGCUAUAUGUUUUGUCUUUAUACAUUAGUUUACUUUACUAUGAAGUAAGGUUUUUCCUAUAAAUAGGUGACUUCAUUCUUUGUAAAAUCAUAAGCUCAGAAGAAGAAAGAAAUAAAGUUCUUAUGUUCAUCUUUCUCUCUUUCUCUCUGAAGUUCAAAACAUCUUAAGCUCUUCUUUGUUUUUUUAUGUAAAGCAUUAGUUUACAACACGUUAUCAGCACGACCGUCUCUUGACUUGUCUAUAUACCAGAGAGGUAAGAUUUAUUUAUGUUCAAUUUGUUUUGAAUAUUAUGAUUUACGGAAAGAUAGGCUCUGCCUUCUCCGUUUAAUGUUAUGCCAGGAUGAAAGGCUCUGCCUCCUCCGAGCUGAUCGUUAUGGUAGGCGCUGUCUCCACGAUCAAACAAUUAUAUCAUGCCGGGAUGGUAGGCUAUGUCUCCUCCGAGCUGAUCGUUAUGGUAGGCACUGCCUCCACGGUUAAAUAAUUAUAUUGUUUAUUUAUUAUGCCGGGAUGGUAGGCUAUGUCUCCUCCGAGCUGAUUGUUAUGGCAGGCUCUGCCUCCAUAAUAAAAAAUGAUCACAUGGCAGACUAUGUUGCCUCAGAUCAUAUUUAUUUAUUUAUGGGUUUUCUGCAAAUUAACCCGCCAACUGGUUUUUUUCUGCAACUCAACCCUCGAUUAUCUGAAAAUGCAAGUCAACCCGCAACGUCUUGGUCAACCUGCUAUAUAACCCUCACUAUAAUCGUCCGUUAUAUCGAUGACGGAAUCAAAAACGGUGCGUUUUGUACAGUGUCACCUUAUCGAAAAUCAUGUUGUUUUAAAAGAGCCACGACCCUUUUUAUUGUUCACAGACACAUUGCUAUCGGGAAAUUGGGGAAAAAUAGAAAUUAGGGUUUGCUCUUUGAAUCCAUUCUCUGAAUCCAUCAAGCUUCUUCUCUUGUUCUACUUCCGCUUCUAUUGUUAAAGAAAUCAGAGUCUGAGACUAACACAUCUGGAUCUAAGAUGGCGAUUCACAACUAUACUCAACCUUCAACUUCGGAUUCAAGUGGAAGAAGCUAUGGGAGGAGAGACGGUUCAAGAAUUGCAAUAAAAGAAUAUGGGCUAAUGAAGGAAUGCUACUGUGGAGCUCGGGCUAUAAUCGAUACUUGUCAUUCCCAGAUUGACCCAGGAAGAAGGUUCUACACUUGCCCAAACGUAGGCGACGGAGACUCUCACAUUUGGAAGUGGUGGGACGAGGCAGUCAUGGAAGAGCUGAGUCUCAUGGGUGUCGAGGCUGGCGAAGUACCGGAGAAGAUGGAUUUGUUCACUUACUUGGAUGAUUUCUAUAUGGCUACUCAGGAAAUCAAGCAGUUGAAGGAUGUGGAGAUUGAGACUACGAAAAAGAUUGCGAUGAUGGAAAUGGAGUUGGCCGAGAUGAAGAAGAAGAGAAGUGGCUUUGAGAUGCAGGUUGUGAUUGCCGCAUGUGUUGUUAUCCUCUUACUUGGCAUGCUUAUUUGUCUUAAGUAAGACAUAUUGUGUUUGUAAGACCUUAUUUGAAGAUGUCAUCGAAGUUUAAGGUUAAGACAUAUUGUGUUAGUAAACGGUUGUAACCCCUUAAUUUUCUAGUGUUUUGUAAGGGUCUAAUAUGUACUACUCUCUGACUUUCCC